AUGGAAAAGAAAGUUGCAAAGAUACCAAACUCUAAUAAUAAGUUGUCUCUGAUUAGAGUGUUAAGAGGUAUAAUAUGUCUAAUGGUGUUAGUUUCAACAGCUUUUAUGAUGUUGAUCUUCUGGGGGUUCUUAUCCGGUGUAGUGUUGAGGCUAUUCAGUGUACAUUAUAGCCGUAAAUGUGUUUCUUUCUUCUUUGGCUCGUGGCUCGCGUUGUGGCCUUUCCUGUUUGAGAAGAUAAACAGAACCAAAGUUAUUUUCUCUGGCGAUAAGGUUCCUUGUGAGGAACGAGUAUUGCUCAUUGCGAAUCACCGAACAGAAGUCGAUUGGAUGUACUUUUGGGAUCUUGCGCUGCGUAAAGGACAGAUUGGGAAUAUGAAAUAUGUGCUUAAGAGCAGUUUGAUGAAGUUACCUCUGUUUGGUUGGGCGUUUCAUCUCUUUGAGUUUAUUCCCGUUGAGCGGAAAUGGGAAGUCGAUGAAGCAAACUUGAGGCAGAUUGUUUCGAGUUUUAAGGAUCCUCGAGAUGCUUUAUGGCUUGCUCUUUUCCCAGAGGGCACAGAUUUCACAGAGGCUAAAUGCGAUAGGAGUAAGAAAUUUGCAGCUGAAAAUGGCCUUCCAUUACUGAACAACGUGCUGCUUCCCAGAACAAAAGGUUUUGUCUCCUGCUUGCAAGAAUUGAGUUGCUCUCUUGAUGCAGUUUAUGAUGUGACCAUCGGUUAUAAAACUCGCUGCCRGUCUUUCUUAGACAAUGUUUAUGGUAUUGAGCCAUCAGAAGUUCACAUCCACAUCCGUCGUAUCAACCUAACCCAAAUCCCAAAUCAAGAAAAGGAAAUCAAUGCUUGGUUAAUGAACACAUUCCAGCUCAAAGACCAGCUGCUCAAUGACUUCUACUCUAGUGGCCAUUUCCCUAACGAAGGAACAGAAAAAGAGUUUGACACAAAGAAGCACCUUAUAAACUGCUUGGCAGUGAUUGUUUUCACGAUCAUCUGUACGCAUCUCACCUUCUUCUCGUCGAUGAUUUGGUUCAAGAUCCAUGUCUCUUUGGCCUGUGCGUACUUGACCUCUGCUACACAUUUCAAUAUUCGCUCUGUUCCACUUAUUGAGACUGCAAAAAAAGCCUUCAAAUCAGUAAACAAAUAA